AUGCCUUUGACCACAAAACCUUUAUCUUUGAAAAUCAACGCCGCUCUAUUCGAUGUUGACGGUACCAUCAUCAUCUCCCAACCAGCCAUUGCUGCUUUCUGGAGAGAUUUCGGUAAGGACAAGCCUUACUUCGAUGCCGAACACGUUAUCCACAUCUCUCACGGUUGGAGAACUUACGAUGCCAUUGCUAAGUUUGCUCCUGACUUUGCUGAUGAAGAAUACGUUAACAAACUAGAAGGUGAAAUCCCAGAAAAGUACGGUGAACACUCCAUUGAAGUUCCAGGUGCCGUCAAAUUGUGUAACGCUUUGAACGCCUUGCCAAAGGAAAAAUGGGCUGUCGCCACUUCUGGUACCCGUGACAUGGCCAAGAAAUGGUUCGACAUCUUGAAGAUCAAGAGACCAGAAUACUUCAUCACUGCUAAUGAUGUUAAGCAAGGUAAGCCUCACCCAGAACCAUACUUGAAAGGUAGAAACGGUUUGGGUUUCCCAAUCAACGAACAAGACCCAUCGAAGUCCAAGGUUGUUGUCUUUGAAGACGCCCCAGCUGGUAUUGCCGCUGGUAAGGCUGCCGGUUGUAAAAUCGUCGGUAUUGCUACCACUUUCGAUUUGGACUUCUUGAAGGAAAAGGGCUGUGACAUUAUUGUUAAGAACCACGAAUCCAUCAGAGUCGGUGAAUACAACGCUGAAACCGAUGAAGUCGAAUUGAUCUUUGAUGACUACUUAUACGCUAAGGAUGACUUGUUGAAAUGGUAA